AUGGGAUUCAGCAGUUUAGGCGUAAAAAAGAGUUCAAAACAGCAGCAGAAUUCCAAGAUAGUCAAGGAUAUGGUUCUUCUAACCCAAGCAACACAGAGCAUAAAGCAUCAAGACAAGUUAAAAGCCAAAAGUUACAUCAAUAAGCCAUAUGAUGAUCUGCCCCAUGAACUAAGAAAACAUACAAAUGCUAGGGCCAUGGUCCAACAAAAGACUACAGUGAAUAGCCAGCAGCUCUCUGUCAUUGUAAGGGCAACAAAAGAUGAUGAGCUUGUCAAGUAUAUGUCAAAUUUGCCUCGUUAUCUCCAGCGUGUGGACAAAAAAGAAAACAUCCAGGAUAAGGCUUUAAAUGUUGGUGUUUUGGAUUGGUCUCGUUUAGAGAAUUGGAAAUGCAACAAAAAGAGCACCCCAAUGAGAGUAGGCAACAAGGCAUCUUUGAUUAGCAGUAAUUUGUCAACUAGAAUGACUAAUAGGUCAUCUACCUUUUAUGGUCAAGCUCAUAAUGAGACUCCUGCAUAUCAAAGCAAGCAGUGUCCUUCACUUUCUUCCAGAAAUAGUUCUUCUUUAAAUGAUGGCAUUUCUCGAGAUGCCAAAUCAUCUGUCCGGGAUGCUAUGCUCUUUCAGGAUGUGGCGAAUGCUUCCAAGAGCCACUUUGAUGGACAGAAGAGGGUAUUUUGCAGCUAUAAGUCUCUUGAUGGAAAUAGUUCAGAUACAACUUUUGAGAAGGGGAGAAGAAAAGAGUUGCACAAUAAAAUCACUUCAAAAGUUCAAAAUCGGUCAUCCAAUUCCAGAAACAAUGGGAUGCCAAUUGGGCCCAAAGAAAGUUUGAAUACUUGUGAUAGAGAAGCCAAGCAGAGACUAGAGGAGAUGCAAGAAGUUUAUAUAAAGAGAAAAGCUUUGGAACAGAAGAUCACUCCAAGCAUGGGAGCUUCAUCAUCAAAGAUGAAAAAUGAUAACAUUUCACCCACUGCAAAGGGAAAGAAGAAUGAAAAUAAUGGUAGAAUGAAGAAGAGAAUGGAGCUGCAACAAUCAACUAUUGAUCUUCCUUGGCAACAUCAAGGCGAUGAGAAGAAAAACAUUGUUCUCCUUUUUCCCAAAAAAUUUGUCCACAAUAGCUUCCAAGAGCAACCAACAUCAUCAUUGAAUGAGACUGUAACAGGAGCAAAUCAAAAUACCUUGUCAUAUGGCUUUUCUGACGAGUUUUACUCUUCAGAACUUAAUUAUGAAAUUCCUCACUCAUGUCCACUGUCUCCUAGAGUUGAGAUUAACAUUGAACAACAGGAGAUGGCACCUGAUGCAAUCAAUACUCAGGAUGCAGAGCUGUCAUCCGAUGCAAUCAACACUAUUAAGUCUUCAAAUGAAAUUCUAGUUGAAACAUCAAAGAUAUUCAACCAAGAUACAGAAGAAGUGGCAGCUAGAAAAGGCAGACAUCCUUCACCAAAUCGCCGAUUUAGCUUCAGCUUAGGUCAGAUGACCAGAAGUUUUAGCUUCAAGGAGAGUUCAGCUGUUCCACGGUUGACUUCCACACAUGUUUCGGUGAAGUCUGGUCCAGUGUUAUCCAAAGCUUCUGCUGGUUUGGAUGAUUCAAACAGAGAGAAAGCAAGUUGUCAUAGAUCCAAAUCCAGCCCUUUAAGAAGAUUAUUGGAUCCAUUGCUAAAGUCCAAGGGUUUAACUCCAAAUCCUUCUGCUCAAACUGAUCAACUAUUCAGAGGAAGCCUGAAUUCCUACAGCUUUAAGCCAAUUAACACUACUGAAUCACAUCAAAACAAAGAGCGUGAGGCAUCAAGCAUAAAAGCUCAUCUGUUGCUUACUAUGAGGAAUGGACUUCCUUUGUUCAGAUUUGUGAUCAAUAACAACAGUAUUAUUGUUGCAGCCCCUGUGAAAAAUUUAAUGUCACCUGGGAAUAAUGAUCAAGGCUGCAACUAUGUGUUGUAUACCAUUGAAGAGAUUAAGAAAAAAAGUGGCAGCUGGAUAAGUCAAGGUAGUAAAGAGAGAAGUUGUGGCUUUGUCUAUAAUGUGGUUGGCCAGAUGACGGUUAACAGCUCUUCUUCCUUGGAUUCGGCUGAGCAGAACUCCAAUGCCCAGUAUAUGGUAAAAGAGUCCGUGUUGUUUGGUGUUGAGCGGAGACAGACAGGCCAGGUAUCACCAAAGUUAAUGCCAAACGCAGAGCUUGCUGCCAUUGUUGUCAAGAUGCCUAGUGGAAACAUAGGCUUUGACUUUGACAAGCAGCAGACUGAUAAAGAAAAAAAUAUCAUGGAAAAGGGAUUCUCAUGGCACCUGCCAGAGAAUGAACACUCUAAUAGUUGCACAGUCAUAAUUCCUGGCGGUGUCCAUAGUUUGCCAAACACAGGAGUUCCUUCACCAUUGAUUCACCGAUGGAGAUCUGGUGGAUCAUGCGACUGUGGAGGUUGGGAUGUUGGUUGUGAACUCCGUAUCCUAUCCACUGAAAUCCAACACAAGAAGCUUCCAAGGACAUCCAAUGCUUGCCUGAGAUCAAAUCGAUUUGAACUUUUUGUUCAGGGAGAAGCACAAGAUACUCCCAUCUUCAGCAUGACACCAGUUGAGAAGGGGAAGUACUCAGUUGAGUUCAGUCCAUCAAUUUCUUUGUUACAGGCGUUCUUCAUUUGUGUCACAAUUAUAAGCUGCCAGAAAUCAUCUGAUCUCGCUGAACAGAGUAACGUGUCCAAAGAAAAAGUUCAUCAGGAAUCCAGAAAUGCAAAUGGACUGAAGAAGAUUCGCACCACUGUCCUGGGGGAAGCACCUGUGAAAUACACUCCAAGUCCACCUGUUUCACCUGUUGGAAGGAUCUAGCUUUAGGCCUGGAGGAGCUCUUAAACAGGGAUCCUGAUGUAGCAGAAGUCAUGUUUGGCUGUCAUAAUUUUGUAUCAAUUAUGUUACAUUACCAAAAUCCCUCCCUUGUAUAAUGAAAAUAAUGCAACCAAUUAUACCCCUCCCAAA